CCUGACAUCAGAUAAGCUGCCCACCUUGGCCUCCCAACGUGCUGGGAUUCAAGCAAGAGCCACUGCGCCUGGCUGAAUGUCCUUCAUGUUUUAAACCAGUGUGUCAUGCCUCCCCAUCUCCUCUCUCACUCCCCCAAUUAGGCUGUUCUUACAUUCCUAUUAGGAAAUACUUUAGACUGGGUAAUUUAUAUAGAAAAGAGGUUAAAUUGGCUCAUGGUUCUGCAGGCUGUAUAGGAAACAUAGUAUCAGCAUCUGUUUGGCUUCUGGGGAGGCCUCAGGGAGCUUUUUCUAUUGGCAGAAGGAGAAGGGAGAGCAGGCACAUCGUAUGGUGAGAACUGGCGCAAGAGACAGUGUGUGUUGGGGGGUGCCACACACUUCUAAAGAACCAAAUCGCCCUAGAACUCACACUAUUGCAAGGACACCAAGCCAUGAGAAAUCCACCUACAUGAUUCAAAUACCUCGCAGCAGGUCCCACCUCCAACAAUGGGGACCACAAUUCAACAUGAGAUUCGGCAGGGUCAUAUAUUCACACUGUAUCAAUCCACUCCUGCACCCCCAAAUCUCAUGUCCUUCUCACAUUGCAAAACAUAAUCAUGUCUUCCCAAUCAUCUCCCAAAGUUUCAACUUGUUCCAGCAUUAAACUCAAAAGUCCAAAGUGUCAUAGGAGAUAAGGCCCUGAAAAAGAACUAAGAAAUCUGGGGUAGCAAAACGCAUGUAGAACCCAUCUUGGUCAGUACUUUUCCUUGUACAGGAAGAAACCGAGGACGCCCGGUGCAUCGCCCAACACAGACUAAGACAGAGCGGAGACUCGAAACCUGACCUCAGUUUCCGGUCCCAGCAUAUAGAGUCUUCAGUUUUCUUCGUCGAAAGCGACAGACAGCUCCCGUUCUCUUUCGCGUUCAUAGACCGGACUCAGGCUGGAGAUGCGAAGCAUGGGCGGGACGAGGAGCGGAAGCACCCCUCCUACCGGGACUGGAAAAAUAUGGCAACCCCGAGCUGGCCUAUCCGGAAACCGGCUCGAGGAACACGGGGAGACGGGGAUUGACCACCGCUUCCGGAAGUUUAGAAUCCUGCUUAUCUGUGAAAUGCAGUUAACAUGUCAGCUGGACCUGUUUCCUGAAUGCAGGGUGACCCUUCUGUUACUUAAAGAUGUAAAAAAUGCAGGAGACUUGAGAAGAAAAGCCAUGGAAGGGACCAUCGAUGGAUCACUGAUAAAUCCUACAGUGAUUGUUGAUCCAUUUCAGAUACUUGUGGCAGCAAACAAAGCAGUUCACCUCUACAAACUGGGAAAAAUGAAGACAAGAACUCUAUCUACUGUUAUUUACAACCUUUCCCCAAAUAACAAUGUUUCAGAGGCUUUGAAAAAAUUUGGUAUCUCAGCAAAAGACACUUCAAUUCUAAUUGUUUACAUUGAAGAGGGAGAAAUAAAUCAAGAAUACCUAAUAUCUCAAGUAGAAGGUCAUCAGGUUUCUCUGGAAAAUCUUCCUGAAAUAACAAAUAUUACAGACGUCAAAAAGAUAUAUAAACUCUCUUCACAAGAAGAAAGUAUUGGGACAGUAUUGGAUGGUAUCAUUUGUAGAAUGUCAACAAAAGAUGUUUUGUGAAAUGUCAAAAAUAUUAACAGAAAUUCUCAGCAUUAAAGAAAACAUUGAUAUUC